AUGUUCGACGGUGUCCUCCUGUGGGCCGCCACCGCCGCCGCCGAGCUCGGCAUCCCGCGGUAUGCAUUCACCGGCACGGGCUGCUUCAUGCUCUUGGUGCAGCGGUCCCUGCUCCUCCACACCCCGCAGGAGAGAGUCACGUCGCCCACAGAGUCGUUCGUUGUGCCAGGCCUCGUCCGUACGAACCCGCCGCUAAGAAGCGGCAGUGCGGCGCCCGCCGCGAACGCCAGAGCCGACGCGCCCGCUGCCAGCGUCGGGCUCGGCAGGUUGCUCCUGUCGCCGCUGCCCCCGUCGACGUCGCGGGUACGCUUGAUCUGGGGUCACCUCAAUUUCAUACUGCACGUACACGGACACGAACUCACCGAUGGCCAUGUUGCAGGCGCCGGACACGAGCCCCGCGACGCCCGACCAGGCGUAUGUCUCCGCGGUGUCCUGCUCCGACUGCCGCUUCAAGCAGCGCGCCCUGGCGCCGGCGUCACCGGGAGCCGUCAUCCGCUCGCUGUUCGUCUCCCUCACCGGACGGUCCACUCCGCGCUCCUCGCCGUCUCCGACGUCUCCCUCGGAAGGCGACGCGAGUGA